AUGGCAGUGGUGGGGAGGGAGGCGGAGGGGAGAGGAGGGGCCGGAGGGGCGGUAGGAAGUUCAGCAGGCGGUGUGACAGGAGGGGGAGCAGCAGGAGGGGCAGCAGGAGGAGGGGGAGCAGCAGGAGGGGCAUUAGGAGGAGGUGGAGCAGCAGGGGGUGCAGUGGGGUAUUAUGAAAAUUCUCAGAACAUACAUGAAGGUGUGUCAGCAGGAGGGGCGGGGGAGGAGGAGUGGGAGGAGGAGGGAGUGAUGGAACAGGUAGAAGGGAGUGACGGGUUGAUGGGGGAAGAAAUGGAGGGGAGAAGAGAGGGAGAAGAGGAGGGAGGAGUGGUGGGAGGAGAGGAGGGAGGGGAGGAGGGAGGGGAGGAGGGAACGGGAGGAAUGGAGGUUGAAGGGAGGAGUGCUGCUGUGGAUAACGAGGAGGAUGAGCAGUUUCAAGCGGACCUUCAACGAGCCAUGCAGCAGAGUAUAGAGGAUCUGGAACGUUCAUCUCACUCCCACUACUACCACUCUGCCGCCCGGCAAACCCCCAAGCACCAAUCAGAAGCUGCCCUAAACCCCGCCAGCUCAGAGAGAAGCUCCGACAGCCUGGCAACAGCGCCUGCCACGUCAGCAGACUGGGAUGCCAGCGUGGCGCUGACGCUGCGAGAGGAGAGUGGGGAGUCGAGAGAGGGAGGGGGAGGGGAGGGGGGAAUGGAGGUCGAUGUGAGGGGGGCCGGAGGGGGAGGAGCGGUGGAAAUGGUGUGGAGUGGAGCGGGAGGGGAGGAGGGGUUGGUGGGGCUGAGGAAUGAGAUUGGGGAGUAUAACUGCUUCCUCAAUGUCAUCAUUCAGUCCCUCUGGCACUUGCGUAGUGCCAUGUUUGCCGAUUCAGAGUUCUUCCAACAGUCUCAGAUGAACGAUGCUUCAGAGGUUCUCCUAGUCAUCUUUGACUGCCUCCACCGAGCCUUCACCGAGCCUGCCUCCGAACCUGGUUCGGGAUCAGAAGGAGCUUCCAGUGUCAAAUCAACAGCUGUCAACUUUUCGGCAGAUCAUUCUUUCAUUGAUUCGGGCAGCAAUGCAGCCAAUCAGAAGCCAGCAGGAAGCUGGGACUGCCCGGUCUCAACAUCAGCUUGGGACCGAGCCUACCUCGCAGCUUCGGCAGACAGCUCAGCUCUGGGUGUUGGGUCUGUGCCGAACCAGACCACAGCUCCUGGGCAGAGACACGAUGUAGGCUCGGCAGCAGGCUCGGGAACAGCCUCGGGGAGUGGGGCUGCUGUGUCUGCUUCUCCGCUCUCCUAUGGUGCAGUGGUUGCCAGAGGGAAAGGCGGGGUCAACACCGCUGCAGCUUCUGCAGCUGCUGCGGCUGCGAAUGUUAGAAAAUCCGGUGGGGGGUUAGGAUCAGUAAGUAGAAUAGGGGACAGUGUAGCAACAGGAGUAGGAGCAGGAGGAGCAGGAGGAGCAGGAGGAGCAGGAGGGGAAGCAGGUGCGGGUGGUGUGGGUGCUGCAGCAGCAGCAGCGGCAGCAGAGGCGGCAGGGGAGGCAGCAGCAGCGGCGUGCAUAGCGCACGGGCUGUUUGGGCUGGACGUGACAGAGAUGAUGCGGUGCUCUAAAUGCGGCCUGCAAUCCCGCCAGAUGCGCUACUCUUCUUUCUUUCAUCAUGCCAAUGCCACCGCUCUCAGGCUGUCAAAGCUGGGAAAUCCGACCUGCCGUAUGGACGAGCUAUUAGCGGGCAUGGAGCAGCACCACCUGCUGCCAUGCGACUUGGAGGUGGGGGGAUGUGGGCACCACAACGCCAUUCAACACGUUCUGCGCCGCGCUCCACCCAUCUUCACCACUGUUUUGGGUUGGCAGAGCGACAGGGAGGAGGCAGAGGAUAUCGGCCUGACACUGGGAGCACUAGACGUGCAGAUGGAUGUGGGAGUGGUGUAUCGGGGCCUGCCAGGCCCACAGAGGGUGCGGGUGGUGUGUGUGGUGUGCUACUAUGGGCGGCACUACCACUGCUUCUCCUUCCAUGCGGACCUGGGCAAGUGGGUCAUGUUCGACGACACCACCGUCAAGGUGGUUGGUGGGUGGGCAGACGUGGUCAGCUCAUGCACUCGCGGCCGCUUGCAACCUCAAGUGCUAUUCUAUGAGGCAUGCUAG